GCCUUCUACGGCAGCAAGAAAAGCAAAAGAGAUUCAUUUUGAAAGAUCUAUUAUUGUUAGUGAAGACGACAUAUUGUUACAUAGGAAAUUAAACAAAAAUCAACUCAUUGCAUAUGAUCUGAUUACUGAAAGGAUAUUUUCGAAUAAAGCUGGUGCCUUUUUUAUAAAUGGUCCAGGAGGAACAGGGGAAACUCUUUUAUACCGUGCUUUAUUAGCAAUUGUAAGAUCUAUGGGAUAUAUAGCUUUGGCAACAACUACUUCUGGUGUUGCUGCUUCUAUUCUUCCAGGUGGACGUACUGCACAUUCACGUUUCAAAAUCCAUAUUGACAUCCAUGAAAAACCAGUUGCAACAUUAGCAAAGAAAUCUCACUUGCAGGGUUAA